AAAAAUCGUGCUAAUGAGGGAUUUUUUGAAAUUUUAAUCAACAGACAUUUAAAUAAUGACGAAAUUAAAUUUUGUGAUUUUUUUCGGGUUAAUCGUAACCAGUUUGAUUUUUUAUUGUCGUUAGUGGAAAAAGAGUUGACCGUACAACCAACCAAUGUUGUGAGUAGACCAAUUACACCAGCAGAAAAAUUAGCGGUAACUUUGAGAUAUCUUGCUACUGGUGAGUCCUUAAGAUCGCUGUCAUUCGCAUUUCGUAUAAGCCACUGUUACUUAAGUAAUAUAGUAAGAAAUACGCUGUUAUUGUUGAAAACGAAAUUGGUUCCAAGAUUUUUAAAAUCCUCGAAUACCAUUGAUUUUAAACAAAAAGCAGAAGAAUUCGCUUAUAAAUGGAACUUUCCUAAUUGUAUAGCAGCUAUUGACGGGAAGCAUAUUCGUAUUCGAAGUCCGAGUAAUUCAGGGUCAUUAUUUCACAAUUACAAAGACUUUUUUUCGAUUGUUCUUCUGGCGAUGGUGGAUGCAAACUAUAAAUUUGUUGCUAUUGAUGUUGGGUCUUUUGGAAAAGAAGGGGAUAGCGGAAUAUUUUUGAAAUCCAACAUGGGGCAACAGGUUUUAAAUGGAUCAUUCGGAUUUCCAGAACCUAGUAAACUUCCCGGAUCAGAUAAAAUAGUACCUUAUGUAAUAGUAGGCGAUGAAGCUUUUCGUUUGCACAAACAUAUUAUGAAGCCAUACACCAGAAAAUCUGCAAGGGAAAACCAUUCAGAAACUGUCUUCAACUACAGAUUAAGUCGCGCUCGAAGAGUAACGGAGAACGCAUUUGGGUUAUUGAGUCAAACUUUCAGAAUCUUUUAUCAGCCAAUUAAUUUGGAAACAACGACUGUUGACGACCUGGUAUGGGUAUGUUGCUGUUUACAUAACAUGCUACGCGAGGGAUAUUUAGAGACAAAAAAACAGUCAUUUUUUGAAUUGAGAACAGCAGAAGAAACACCAAUAAACAAUAUGAUAUCAAUUUCUCGUCGAGGAGGUUUUUCAAGUAUCGAAGGAUUUGAAGUAAGAGAUUUAUAUAAAGAAUUUUUCAACAACGAAGGAGCUGUUUGUUGGCAACCAAAAUUUUAA